AUGGAAAUUUCUUAUUCUCAAUUUUGGUCUAUUGUGGUUAAGAGAGCCCUUCUUCAUUAUAAAGUUCCAGGGAUGAUAGAUUCGUUGAUGGCCAAAAUUCCAAUGAUGCAGACAACCACAUUUGUUACUUCUGAUAUGAGGAAUUUUGGAUUUGUUGGAUCAAUUCCUGAAGUGAUGUUGGAUAAGGUAUCUACUCCACCAUUUUCUUUUGUUCCAUCUGAUUCAAAUAUCUUUGAGAAUAUUGAUUCGUUUCUGAAUUUAUCUCAAACUUUGCCACCACCACCUCUUUUUCCUACUUCUACUUCACCAAUGACCACAUCAAUUCUAAAUUCAUCCAUUCCAACUUUACCAACAUUCAGUAUAGUAAAUUCUUCUCAACCUCAAAUUUCCAUAUUUUUCUCCACUCUAAUCUUUAUUGAAUUAACUACAUCUCCUAGAACCACCACCAUUGAAAAUCCAACAAAAGUUUCUAUUUUCAAAUCUGGUAAAGUGGAAAAUAGAUCUUCAUGCAUUCCUGGUAACAUAUCUAAUGUGGAAUCAAAUGUCAAUAUUGGUGUUUCUGGGCACAUUCCAACUUCAAUUGUUGAUGAUAAUCUAAUUUUUGGGGGUUAUCCAGAUCCUAUAGAUACUUUUGUUCUUCCAUCCUUCACUGUGAAAGUUGAUAGUGAUGAUGAUGAUGCUCCAAUGACCAAAGGUUUGUUUAAAGAGUUGAAUCAGAAACAUGAUUCAAUCUUGCUUUAUACAGAAACUUUUUCGACAUCAAAAUGGGAAAAUAUUAUGUUCACUCAUUUAGCUACAUUUGAGUUGUUGACUUCUGGAAAUGGGAAAGUUCAUGAAGAGACAUAG